AGGAAAAAUGGGUGUUUCUCUUACAUCACAGCAUGAUUUUAUGAGAUUCUUUUUUCUAACAUUUCUUGUAUCUCUCAUCUCUAAACAUGCACUUGCAAUAACCAGGCAUUAUCAAUUUAAUAUCCAAAUGCAAAGUGUAACAAGAUUAUGCCAUUCCAAAAACAUUGCGACAGUGAAUGGGAAGUUCCCUGGGCCUUCUAUUAUAGUUACCGAAGGAGACGAGCUCGUCGUCAAAGUUGUUAACCGUAUCCAAAACAAUGUUACCAUUCACUGGCAUGGAAUUAGACAAUUCAGAACAGGUUGGGCAGAUGGACCAGCAUAUAUAACACAAUGUCCAAUUCAACCUGGCCAAAGUUACAACUAUAAGUUCACCAUUAUUGGGCAAAGAGGAACUCUAUGGUGGCAUGGUCACAUUUCUUGGCUUAGAGCAACAGUUUAUGGUCCUCUUAUCAUUCUUCCCAAUAACCUUCCCCUUGCUUAUCCAUUUCCUAACCCAUUCAAGGAAGUUCAUCCCUUAAUGUUUGGAGAGUGGUGGAAUGAUGAUACACAGGCAGUGAUUACUCGAGCUCUUCAAAAUGGUGGGAACCCUAAUAUCUCAGAUGCCUUCACUAUAAAUGGCCUUCCUGGGCCAUUCUAUAAUUGCUCUGCUCAUGAUACUUACAAGCUGAAAGUAGAAGCAGGAAAGACAUAUCUUUUACGAAUAAUCAACGCUGCACUCAAUGACGAUUUGUUCUUCACGAUCGCUAAUCACACUCUAACAGUCGUAGAAGCCGACGCUAAUUAUGUCAAGCCAUUCCAAACCAAUAUCAUUCUUAUAGCCCCUGGGCAAACCACAAACGUUCUUCUUCAUACAAAACCCAACCCCCAAAACAACGACACGUUCUACAUGCUCGCUCGCCCUUUCUCCACCGCGCAACCAGCCACAUUCGACAAUUCCACCGUUGGCGGAAUUUUAGAGUAUCACCACCAACAACAACAAUCCACAACAGGUUUUGUUUACAAGCCAACGCUUCCGGCUAUAAACGACACAGCAUUUGCUGCAAACUUCACCAACAAAAUCCGCAGCUUGACUAGCUUUAGUUUCCCCAAGAAAGUUGACAAGCGAUUCUUUUUCACAGUGGGCCUUGGGACAAGCCCAUGUAAGCGUGGCCCAAAUCGGGCCUGUCAAGGGCCCAAUGGGUCGAGGUUUGCGGCCUCUAUAAACAACGUUUCUUUUUCUUUGCCUAAUACGGCCCUUUUGCAGGCCCAUUAUUUGGGCCGGGCCAAUGGGAUUUAUACGGACGACUUCCCUAACGGCCCAGAAUAUUUUUUCAACUUCACGGGCCCACCGUUGAACAACACGAUGGUGAGAAAUGGAACGAGGGCGGUAUGGUUGGAUUUUAAUACAAGUGUGGAAUUGAUAUUGCAGGGUACUAGUCUCGUUAAUGCUGAGAAUCAUCCUUUUCAUUUGCAUGGGCACGAUGUUUUUGUGGUUGGUCAAGGUUUUGGCAACUUUGACCCAAAAAAGGAUCCUCAAAACUUCAAUCUUGUUGACCCAAUGCGAAGGAAUACGUUCGGUGUUCCUUCAGGAGGAUGGGUGGUUAUUCGCUUUCUUGCUAAUAAUCCAGGCGUAUGGCUAAUGCAUUGCCACUUGGAGGUGCACGUAGGCUGGGGCUUGGAGAUGGUGUGGGUCGUCUCAGAUGGGAAGUUCCCCGAUCAGAAGUUGCGCCCUCCACCAUCCGAUCUUCCCAAGUGUUAGAACUUUUUAAUUUUUACUUGAACCUUUGAAACCACGAUUUACAACCCUGUUCCUUCUAAUAAACAUUGUUCUAUGUCUAUGCAUCUGCAAUGUUUAUAUUGUGUAAAUACAACUUAUUUACUAGACAUGUCAUAUUUAAUAAAUUCUUGAAAUUAUUGCUUUUUCUAGCCCAUAAAUCAUAAUUAGAUAAGGUGCAUAGGUUU